AUGGCAACUCUACUCUCCUCGUAAGUAACUCUCCGGACCGAAGGAGCCCCCCUUUCUCUCCAUGACCCUUUGUGAUUCGAGCGUGACCGAGACCUAGCUGACCCACGCCAUGUUCCUUGCUCGCGUCGCUCGACAUACAGCCUUCCCGCCCCUCGCCACCUCGUCAACGCCGACGGUGACGAUGCGGAUGAUGUCGCCAAAGUGUCCGGCGCCCAGGGCUCGUCGAGCAGCUCGGCUCUGACUACGACGGCUCGCGUGAUUCCGGCGUACGGCCAGCGCAAGGGCUGGCGGCCGACGCAGAUGACCGACUUUGGCGAUGGUGGCUCUUACCCUGAAUGUCAUGUCGCCCAGUACCCGCUCGAAAUGGGCCGCAAAUCCAAGGUUUGUACCACCACAUGCUCCGUCCUCUUUCUUGCUCCAAGGACCCUCGAGGGCGUCCGUGUGGAUCGCUGCUUCGUGGGCUGGCCUCACGCUGAUCAAUCACGUCUCUACGCCCCCAUGAUACACGACAGAGCAACUCGGGUAACACGUUGGCGUUACAAGUGGACGCUGAUGGGAACGUCAGAUACGAUGCCAUCGGUACGCACCUCCACCAUCGCCCGGACUGGCUUUCCUCGCUGUCACUCGUGCUAAUUCAGCCUUUGAUCGCCGAUACCUUUCCUCAGCGCAACAAGGUCAUCGCGACGGCCGUCUUGUCCAAUCGUCAUUCAAGGAUCUCAUCCCCAUGGCUAACCGCACCGACAUCAAGGUUCGGGACAUGGAACGCCCUUCGGAGGAGGAGGUCCAGACGACGGCGGACAGGACCAAAGCCGCUCUUGAGAAGCUCGUGCAGGGCAAGAUCAAAGCCGCUCAACCUAAGAAUGUGCCCAACUCCCAGGGUAAGUUGGCUCGUCUUGUAAAGCUUCGGAGGUGGUGGUGUAUUCGUGCUGAUCCGUACUCGCUUGGUCUCUGCAGGUGAGACUUCGUUCAUGCGCUACACACCUCAGCAGGGUGAUGGAACUCAACAGCGCAUCAUCAAAAUGGUUUGUUCUGCCGCGGUAACAUAAGGUUCGAUCGCGCACGCGCUGAUCUUGUCUGAUCCCUUCCUCUCGCGCAGACCGAAGUCGUAGAGGAUCCCCUCGAGCCGCCUCGCUUCAAGGGCAAGAAGAUCCCCCGAGGCCCUCCUUCGCCUCCUCCGCCCGUCCUCCGCUCCCCGCCUCGCAAGGUCACAGCCCAAGACCAGAAGGAUUGGAUGAUCCCUCCCUGCGUUUCCAACUGGAAGAACAACAAGGGUUUUACGAUCCCGCUCGACAAGCGUCUGGCCGCUGAUGGUCGAGGCCUCCAGGACGUGCUCAUCAACGAUCGAUUCGCCCAGUUCUCGGAAGCGCUCUACGUCGCUGAUCGCCAUGCGCGUGAGGAAGUGCGACAGAGGAGUUUGAUGCAACAAAAGAUCGCGCAGAAGGAGAAGGAAGCGAAGGAGGAGCACUUGAGGAUGCUGGCCCAGCGCGCCAGGGAAGAACGAUCGGGGAUCGUCUCGAGCCACGCGCCGGCGAGGGUUGUUGCGGGUGCCGAAGGCGGCUCGAUGCCUUCGGCGUUGGCGGGAUAUGGAAGUGACUCGGACUCGGACGCCAACUCGACUACACAAUCGCCGCCGCCGCGCCGAAUGGCAGCGGACGAGCGAAGUGGCCAAGACAGCGCCAGCGAGGGUGAGGGCGAGGGUGACGAGAACGAGACGGAGGAGGAUCGACGUGCCGCCAUGGAGCGCCAGCAGAUCCGACGCGAGCGCAAGAAAGAACGCGAGAGGGAGAUGAGGAUGAGCAAUAUGGGGACAGAGCAGCGCGCCAAGGUGCUGGCAAGGUCGGUUCAUCCAUACUUACUCACAUACAGUCGGAAGAUGCUUACGGGUGGUCGAUCCUUAAUUCCCCCCAGAGCAACUGGUCGCGAUAUUUCCGAGAAGAUCGCACUUGGUCUCGCAAAGCCUACUUUGUCGAAAGAAGCGAUGCUCGACUCGCGCCUUUUCAACCAGGAGCAACUCAACACCUCGUUCGGCGACGACGAUUCGUACAACAUCUACGACAAACCCCUCUUCUCCGGGUCGUCAGCCGCGGCUGCGAUUUACCGACCUCGGGGAGCCAACAUUGACGACGAAGGAAACGAUGUCUCGCUCGAAGACGGCAUUUCGAAAUCAAUGCAGAACGACCGCUUCGGUUUGGGAGUGGCGGGGCGUGGGUUUCAAGGAUCGGACUUGGCCGAAGUCCGAGAAGGGUUAGUCCAAUACGAGGCAAAAGAUAGUACGAGACUAGGACAUGGUGAUACUGACUUUUUGCACGGUGUAAUUCUGUCUCACUAGCCCCGUCGCUUUCGAGAAGGACACCGCCGAUCCUUUCGGUGUCGACGCGUUCCUCGAGACGGCCAAAGCGGGCAACCCGAAACGCGGGUUGGACGUCAAGGACGAUGCUGCUCGCAAGCGAGCAAGGGACUAA